AUGGCGACAUUGCUGAAGAACGUUACCAACAGUAUAUGCCAUGCGUUCAAUGCUUUGCAGCAGAAUCGGGAUGGAUUUGUGAGCAAAUCUAAGUUGAAGGUGCUAACAGCAAACGUUGCAACGCUGCUGGAUCUGUACGGUGUGGAGCGUGGACUGGAUCACUUCCGUUCGACGGCAACACUGAACUUCGAACACUACCGGUACUACCUGGCGCAGGAGGUGUUUGCCGGUGUGUCCAACGAGCUGCCCCUGGCAGCAUUGCGUAACUAUGAAACCAAAAUCGACGAGGUGUGUUGGUUGGUGUGUCGGAUGAAUUUUCCUGCAAACGAUCAGUACUACACGGAGGAUGCCGUCUACAAGCUGUUCCGCAUAUUCUGUCUCGUGGCCGACCUUUCGACCGAUGCAACCGAGCCGAACCGGUACGCGGUCAAGAUUCACCCGAUGGAGGCGCUGAUCAUCAUCAAGCAUCUGCUGAAUGCGCUCGGGUUGAACUACGACGGUGACGGCAAGUACGACUACCUGCGCACGUCCGACCAGUCGCUAGAGUUCGGUGAGCUGCUGGAGAUGUUACGCUUCAAGAAUUACGAUAAGGUGAACGAUUACCGCGAGUCGAUCUGCGAGGCGAUCGGUGACAUGUAUCAGACGCUGAUCGAGGACGUCAUCAAGAAGGGGUACCUGUUCCGGCGCGGUUACGUGCUGCCCACGUUCCGCGAGUACUUCUUCGUGCUGCAGCCUUGCGAGCUGUCGUACUACAAGCAUCCGGCCGAUCGGGAAGUUUGCGGCACGAUUGUGCUCGACUCCCGGUUUAUGGUCAAACCGGCGGGCAAUCCGAGCUCGGGCAAGCAGGAGAAAGUGCAACGCUUCACCCUUGUGUCGGGCGAUCGGACGUAUGAGUUGGGCACGCCCGAUCACAAGACCCGACUGCAGUGGAUUGCAGCACUUCAGCUAGCCAUAACGUACUCUACCGGGCGCGAGGGUUUCCAGCGCGAUACGGUCAACAGGCGGAAGCAGCAGCGGGAAGCGGAGCAGCGGCGCCGACGGGAGGAGGAACAGCUUCGCAGCCAGCAUCUGCGCCGGCUAGAGGAAACCCACGUGCAGUUGGAGCGCGAGAAACAGGCCCGGUUGGCGGCCGAAUCACAGGCGCGUCAGUAUGAGGCCGUCGCGCGGGAAGAUUCACGGCGUGUGGCUGAGCUGGAGGACGUAAAGCUGUGCCUGGAGAAGAUGCUGGAGGACGAGAUACAGGCCAAGCGGGACGAGGAGAUUGUGCGUGCGCUGCAGGCGCGCGUGUUGGCCGAGGAGUGGGAAAAGCGCGAAGAGUUGGAACAGCUGCAGGCGGAGCAGAAGAGUUUGCUGGAGCAGGAGCGUCAGAAGCGGAUGGAGUUCGAGCAUCGGCAGCAGGAGAACGAACAGAAGCUGUUCGAGGCGGAGGGUAUGCUGAGGCAGCUGGAGGAGGAACGCAAAAGGUUGGACCGCGAGCUGAAGCUGGCCCGUCAGAAGAUACAGCUGUCGGAAGAUAAUAAAGGCAUUGUGGAGGCAAAACUACAGGCCAUGUCUCCCACCUAUCGGACCAGCGCCGGUGAGUUUAUGAUCCGCCGUACGCAGUCGUUCGUGGCGGCCGACCGACCAGUGCUCGUAGCCGGUACCAGAUCGUCACAUCGGUUUAGCUAG